AUGGCGUCCUCAUCCCCGACCCUCGCAGACCCGACCAUGCUUGCCAAGAUCGACCGCCUUUCGGCCUGCAACGUCGGUCACCACAUCAACCUGCCUCAGAUCGUCGUUGUGGGUGACCAGUCCAGCGGCAAGAGCUCGGCGCUCGAAGGCCUCACUAACUUGCCCUUCCCCCGCGAUAGCGGCCUCUGCACACGCUUCGCCACGCAGAUCACGUUCCGUCGCUCUGCGCAGGCGAGUGUUGCUGUCUCGAUCAUCCCCAGCAAGAGCGCCGAUGCCGCGCAUGCGGAGAGAGUGCGCACGUGGCGCAAGGACUUGCCUGUGCUGGAGCAGAUGGAGUUCGCGAAUAUUAUGCGCGAGGUUUGCGGCGUUAUGGGGUUGUCCGUCAAGGUCGAAGCCAGCGACGAGUGUAAGACCUUCUCUGAGGACGUGCUCUGGAUCGAGGUCAGUGGCCCCGAACAAGAACACCUCAGCGUCAUCGAUGUGCCGGGCAUCUUCAAGCGGACGACGCAAGGCAUAAUGACCAAGGCCGACAUCCAGCUCGUCGAGGAGAUGGUGUAUGGCUACAUGCGCAACCCGCGCUCUGUCAUGCUGGCCGUCAUCCCCGCGAACGUCGAUAUCGCCACGCAAGCGAUUUUGGAAAUGGCAGAGGAGGUGGAUCCGAAGGGCGAGCGCACCCUGGGCGUCUUGACUAAGCCGGACCUUAUGGACAAGGGCGCUGAGAAGACUGUUGUUGAUAUGAUCGAGGGUCGCAACCACAAGCUCACGCUGGGUUGGUGCUUGGUGCGCAACCCGGGCAAGUCUGAAUACGAGGACUCGAAUGUCGACAGAAACGCUAUUGAGAAGAGGUUCUUUGCCAGCGUGGUGCCGUGGAACACGUUGAGCAAGGACAGGGUCGGCACGGAGUCACUUCGUAUGAGACUGCAGGAGAUUCUGGCAACUCAUAUCCGGCGCGAGUUCCCUAAGGUCAGAGCAGAAGUGAGCAAGAAGCUCAAGGAAUGCAAAGCCAUGCUCAAGGAUCUGGGUAUCCGCCGCGACACGGCUGCAGAGCAAUCCAAGUACCUGAUCGACAUCGCUACUCAGUUCCAGAGCAUCACGGACCUGGCGCUGGGCGCGCAGUACCACCGCAAUGACGCCUUCGAAGAGGAUCCAUCACUGACGAUCGCCACGGCGGUUGUGAGUCGCAACGACUUCAUGACCGAGCCUUCCGAGAAGAAGGAAGAUGAAGAAAAGACCAAGGACAAGGACAAGAAAGUCAACACCCGAACCACGACGAACCACGACGAGUUGGACGACAUCCAGCACGACAACGAACAGCUUUUCAAGCCCUACGAAGACGGCAUUCUCUACUGGCUGAAGGAAAUUUACCUUGCGACUCGCGGCUUCGAAAUGGGCACCUUCGACCCCUCGCUCCUGCCCAUGGCCAUGAAAUCGCAAACUAAGAAAUGGGACGCACUCGCGCACGGCUACAUCAGCGAUAUCGUUAACACAACCCACACAUUCAUAACGAACCUGCUGCAGCGCGUGUGCCCGGACCCGACAAUCCGCGCGAACCUGAUGUCCGUUCUGACUGACGAACUAACCACACGCUACACGAUGGCCAUCGCACAAGUCGACUUCAUCCUGAACGUCGAGCGCGCCGGCAUCCCUAUGACGCUCAACCGCCACUUCGCCGAGAAUCUGGACUGGAGCCGGCGCGAGCGCACCGAGCAAGCCGUCAGCGCUCUAGCCUUCAAUGUAGAGAACCACGGCCGGAUCGUCGAGCUGCUCGACCUCCUCGAUAAUCACCACCACUCCCUCAGCAACAGCGAGCAGAUCGUGCGCGACCUGCACGACAUUCUCUACUCCUAUUACCAGGUCGCGCAGAAGCGCAUUGUCGAUGCCAUCUGCAUGCAGGCCGCAGAGUACCACCUCAUCUGUGGCCCGGAGACGCCGUUGAAGCUGUUUUCGCCUCUGUUCGUGGGCGGGCUUUCGGCUGACCAGCUGGAGGAGAUUGCGGGUGAGGAUGCACUCGUGAAGCGUAAGCGCGCGCAGCUGAUGAAAGAGAUUGAGGAUCUGGAGAUGGGCCGUAAGAUUCUGACUUGA